AAUGACUUGGAUCAAACUGCUUAAAUGGGAAAGGUAUUUCUGCCGCAUGGAGGAAGCAGUUAAACUCCUGUUAAAGUAGCCAUCUCUUUUUUCAUGCGUCCAUGUGCAAGACCGACCUUCUUGUUCAGUGACCAGAGAUUAUUUUUGACAAUCCAGGAUAUUCCGAAAGCUUGGAGACAUAUGGCUGGAAAAUGAAAGGACCCUGGAUUGUGGCCACAUCAUUAUUUUGUGUCGCGUUACCAGAUGGGCAGUCAGUGGAUGGCGAAGGGAUGCGAAGGGGCAGUUUAUGAAGUGAAUUUUUCCACGUAUAUCUAGAACUAGACUUUUAUUCUUCUGGUCUGGAGUAACUGCUUCCCUCAUCUCCUCUGCAGUAUCAAUUAACUUUGCAGUGGGGUGGCCAAAAAGGAAGAGGGUGAAACGAUCUCUAUAAUCUUAGCAAGUGUCGCGGAGUCGCAGCGUCCAGGGAACUGCGGCUGUGACCCGCAGCGUCUUGUGCGGAUUCAGGGUUGAUAUCACGCAGGCGGUUAUGGAGCGGACUGUGCACUGGAACCGCUGAGGACGACAGAGACCUGGUGCUGGGGGAAGUCCGCUGAUCUCGCCACAGCCUUGCAGGCCGCUGCUGCCUAACAUCCUCUGUGCUUUAUACCAGCAUCAUCGUUCUUUAAAAAGUCAUGGAAGAAGGCCAGCUGCCAGACCUUAGAGACAUCGAGGUAAAGCUGGGGCGCAAAGUACCAGACAGCCUAGCGAGCGCACUCCGUGGGGAGGAGCCGGUUCCUCUGGAAAGGGACAGGGACCCCUGCGGGGGGAGCAGCGGCAGUGGCGGUGGCGGCUGCAGUAGUAGCAGUAGCAGCUGCAGUUUUCCUCCUUCCCUGUCGUCCUCCUCUUCAUCCUCCCCAACCUCUGGCUCCCCACGAGGACGUAGCCACUCCAGCACCCUGGAGAGGCUGGAAACCAAGCUUCACCUCCUCAGGCAAGAGAUGGCUAACCUUAGAGCCACCGACGUCAGACUCAUGCGACAGCUACUCGUAAUCAACGAGACCAUUGAAUCCAUCAAGUGGAUGAUUGAAGAGAAAGGCACCAUUACCAGCCGAGGCAGCAGCCUCAGUGGCAGCCUUUGCAGUUUGCUGGAGAGUCAGAGCACCUCCUUACAGGGCAGCUACAACAGCCUGCACGAUGGCAGUGAUGGACUCGACGGCAUCUCCGUGGGGAGCUACCUGGACACUUUGGUCGAUGAUGUCCCAGGCCAUCAGACCCCAUCGGACUUGGACCAGUUCAGUGACAGCUCCAUAAUAGAGGACUCACAGGCACUGCACAAGCAUCCCAAACUGAAUUCUGAAUACUACUGCUUUGGCUGAUGACCCGGUUUUAUGCAUGGGAUCAGUGUGCAAUUAACUUGUAUUUAUCCUUCUUCUGCGCUGCUAUAUUUUUGGUGUGAUUUUAUAUAUAUAUAUAUAUAUAUAUAUAUAUAUAUAUAUAUAUCUCAACCUUCUAAAAAGAAGCUUAUUUUGAAACUGCUUGGUGUUAUUUCUGUUGCUUCUAAUAUUUCUCAUCUGGAUUGAAUUAUCUUUUUCUUUUACAUCUCUAUUUUUAUUUAUUACAAUGAUUUUUCUCCCUUCUUUUACAAUUGCACAAAUAAAGUAGGGGGAAAAAAUAAGCAAUAACUAUGUUUUUGUUUUCAGAGCAAGGGGGCAGGGAUUAUAAGAUAAACUUUGCUAAAUUUUACAAUAAACC